AUGAUUACCCCAUUUUUCACAAUAUCACAAGAUGAUGAAUUUAUUUAUAUUGAUGUGAAAAUAUCUCACAUUAGGUUCAGUGCACCAAAUAUUGAAAUGACGGUGGAAAAUGAAUUGUUUGUAUUUUCCUUACCUCCAUACUAUUUACGUUUAAGGUUUCCGUACCCUUGUAUUGAAGAUGAUAGAUCACACGCAGAAUAUGAUUCCAAAACUGAAUGUGUGAAAAUAAAAAUCCCUAAAGAAACAAAAGGUCAAUUUUUCCCUGAUUUAGACUUGACAGCAAAAUUGUUGGCUAGAACCAAUGAACCAAAAGUGGGUGAUAUAGGACAAGCCAAUUCAUCGAAACCAUUGAUUGAAGAGUUAGAUGUCGACAACACUAACCCAGGUGCUCAAGCAGAAAGGGAUUUGGCAGAACGUGAACAAUUCAAUUGGGAGGUUAAACAAGAUGUGCCAACCAAUCCGGAUUUAACAUCUACAGCUACUGACAAUUCUGACGUUAAUUUGAAACCAAUAAAGUAUGGAUUUAAUAACCAAUAUGAUAAUAUUGUCGGCGUAUCAGUUGCUAAUGGUAACGAUAUUAAUGAAUUAGCUGACCCAGAGAAUACACCCGAAAAUGCUCGUAUAAUUGAAAGACUAAUUAAAGAGAAUAUAAAAUUUGAUCCUGAAAUGUAUGCUGCCGAUUACAUAAUGAAAGUACAUCCAGAACAAGACGACGAAAACAAAAAUUUUAAGGAAUUAAUUGAUUGGAAAAAUCCAUUAAUUCAGAAAUUCCUAAAAUGGUAUAAAGCAGACAAGCAAUUACCCGAAGCUGAAAGAACAUCAAUUAUGCCAGUCGAAUUUUCAAAAGAGGAACAAGAAAAAAUGAUGAAUUUACCAAGGAAAUCAUAUUUGAUAGAUGAUAGUUAUAAACCAGAGAUUUUGCUUACUACAAUAUGUUUAUUGUUUGCUUAUCAUUUUGAUUUGAGGGAAAAUGAAGGUGAUCAUAAUAUUGAAAGUGCUUGGACAAUUGGUAAAAUAGUUCCUCAAUUUUCAUUUCUUGACUCCAAAAUUGUGAUUGAAAAUAACUAUAAUGUUUUGAGAGCGGCCAUAAUAACAUGCAUCAGACGUGCACUAACUUAUCCCUACCACAGAAAUUUUGACAUGAUAACUAAAGUAUGGGAUGAUGUGUAUUAUAAUUUGCGCGGUGGGAAACGACUUGUCCUCAAAGCGUUAUUGGACUUGAAGGAAUUAUUCCGUUUUCACGACAUUUACUAUGUUUACGAUAAGAUAUGGUUAGAAGAUUUGUGUGCAUAUUUGAUAAGCGAUAAUGUUUCUGAAGCAACAAUCAGAAAUCUCGCCCAUGAUAUACAAAAAGAGGUGUCAAGCAUUAAGAAAGCAGAUAUCACCUUUGAAAAAGCUAACCUAGAGAGUGCUGAAACUGUUGAUGAUAAUGAAGGCAACGGCGAAGACAGCGAAUUGAUUGCGUUAAGUUUACCAGAAAUAGAGGUCAUGGCUGAAGAGAUGUUCCAACAAGUUCAAUCACAACAAUAA